CUUGCGAGACGAAAUCAGAAAAAAGAACAAAAACUAUCAGCUAAUGUAACUAAAAGAAAAGGAACAAUUAAUAGUGGAUUAAUACUGGAGUUUAUUAUACGAUAUAAGUAUAUUAAAUCUAUAGAAAAAUGUUAGCUGCAUCAUUCAAAUUAUUACUCAAUGCGAAGAGAGUUAAUUCAUUAGCUCGCCUUAAAUCAACGUUAGUUAUAGCAGAACACAAUAAUGAAGUAUUGUCAUUGAUAACGUGUAACACGUUAAGUGCAGCUAAACAAAUUGGUGGUGAUAUCACCGUUUUAGUUGCUGGAACAAAAUGCGAUGCAGUAGCAAAGGCCAUAAGCAAUGCGAAUGGUGUCAACAAAGUUCUUUAUGCAAAUAGCGAGGCAUUUAAAGGAUUUACUCCAGAAACAUUGACGCCACUGAUAUUAGCGAUGCACGAUCAAAAUAAGUAUUCCCACAUUUUAGCCGGUGCUAGUGCUUUUGGUAAAUCAUUAUUACCAAGGGUAGCAGCAAAAUUGGAUGUUUCGCCGGUAAGCGAUAUUAUUGGUAUUAAAGGUCCGGAUACUUUUAUUCGCACUAUUUAUGCUGGCAAUGCUAUACAGACCAUUAAAGUAAAAGAUAAUGUCAAAGUUGUAUCAGUGAGAGGUACUUCGUUUGAACCGUUGCCCCUGGAAGGUGGUAAUGCAACUUGUGAACUGGUUCCACCAAGUGAUUAUAAAACGAAUCUGGUUGAAUUUAUUAAGCAAGAAAUUAGCAAGAGCGAUCGACCUGAAUUGACAUCGGCUAAAGUAGUAGUUUCGGGAGGACGAGGUUUAAAGUCAGGUGAAAAUUUUAAACUACUCUAUUCCUUGGCUGAUAAACUCAAUGCUGCCGUUGGUGCUUCAAGAGCUGCCGUUGAUGCUGGAUAUGUGCCCAACGACUUGCAGGUUGGACAGACGGGAAAGAUUGUUGCACCUGAUCUGUACAUAGCAGUGGGCAUUUCUGGAGCAAUUCAGCAUCUUGCUGGUAUGAAGGAUUCAAAGACAAUCGUUGCUAUCAACAAAGAUCCAGAAGCCCCAAUUUUUCAAGUAGCGGAUUACGGAUUAGUUGAAGAUUUGUUUAAAGCUGUGCCAGAAUUUACAGACAAAUUGAAAUGAAUAUUUUAUUAUAGUUUAUUAUACUUUUGUAAAAAUUGAUAAUUUUAAGCCAGUAAGAAGUAAAUAGUAACGUACGGAGAAAAGAAAAA